CGCCCCAAUCGCGCACGGGCGUGGGUUGGCCUGAUCUGCGCUACUCCAUUUGAGCUCACUUGUGUUCUCUUCUUCUUUGUCGCUCGCUCGCAAAAAAGCUCUUAUCGGCUCUGGAAACUCAAUCAAUACUUUGCUUCGUCAGUCUUUUCCUCUUGCACGCUCCUUUCGCUAUUGCCGCUGUCAUCCGUUGCCCAGCAUGGGCCGUGAUCGGUUUCCAAAACAAUCUCUGGGUUCUCUGUACUCCCGGAUCAAGCAGUCUCGGGUUUUGAUGGUUGGAGCUGGAGGCAUUGGCUGCGAAUUGCUCAAGAACCUGGUCCUGACGGGCUUUGGAGAAGUACAUAUUAUCGAUCUAGACACUAUCGACCUCAGCAACCUCAAUCGGCAAUUCUUGUUUCGCCAUGAACAUAUAAAGAAGUCUAAGGCGCUGGUCGCGAAAGAGACGGCCGGUCGUUUCAAUCCCAACGUAAAGCUCGAAGCGCACCACGCCAACAUUAAAGAUGCCGAAUUCACUGUCGAUUGGUUCAAAGGAUUUAACCUGGUAUUCAACGCCCUUGACAAUCUUGACGCUCGGCGACAUGUGAACAAAAUGUGCUUGGCGGCGGAGGUUCCUCUUAUUGAGAGCGGUACUACUGGAUUCAACGGGCAGGUGCAGGUCAUUCAGAGGGGAAAAACCGAAUGCUAUGACUGCACACCUAAGCAAACUCCCAAGAGCUUUCCCGUCUGCACAAUCAGAAGCACGCCCAGCCAACCAAUCCACUGUAUCGUCUGGGCAAAGAGCUAUCUAUUUACGGAAAUAUUUGGCACGAGUGAGGAUGAUGCUGCAGAAUUCGACCAUUCCGAAGAUGCCGAAAAUGCAAAGGAAAUCGAAAACCUUAGACAGGAGUCGCAGGCUCUCAAAGCGAUUCGAGAUUCCAUGGGCUCUGAUGAAUUUCCACGAAGAGUGUUUGAAAAAGUUUUUGGCGACGACAUCAAACGGCUACGAAGCAUGGAAGACAUGUGGAAGUCUCGCCGACCCCCGGAGGCGCUAGAUUAUGACCGGGUUUCGCAGUCGGCAUCAGGGAUUGACCCUAGCAUCUCUGUCAAAGACCAAGAGAAUUGGAAUCUCGCAGAAAAUUUCGUGGUUUUCUCCGACAGCCUUCGUCGUUUGAGUGCCAGACUACGAGAUACACAGGCCAAGGUCUCUGAUGGCGAUGCACCCCCGAUCCUUAGCUUUGAUAAAGAUGACGUUGAUACACUCGACUUUGUCACUGCUUCGGCAAAUCUUCGCUCGUUCAUUUUCGGAAUUGGCACCAAAUCGAAAUUUGACAUUAAACAAAUGGCUGGUAAUAUCAUCCCCGCAAUUGCCACGACCAAUGCGAUGACUGCUGGGCUAUGCGUUUUGCAAGCCUUCCACGUCAUGAGAGGAGAUAUGGAAAAGGCACGAAUGGUCUUCUUGACACGCUCAACCGAACGGGUGAUCUCAGGAGAACCUCUUCAUGCACCGAACCCUGAUUGCCCCGUUUGUGGUGUUGCGCAAUCCAAACUUGUCGUUGAUCCUACUCGGGCUACCCUCAACGACCUUGUUGAAAGCCUCCUGCGCCUGGAGCUUGGGUACGGUGAAGAGUUUAGCGUCAAUAAUGAAGUUGGAAUUCUCUAUGAUCCUGAUCUGGACGACAAUCUUCCCAAGAAGUUGUCUGAUCUUGGAAUUAAAGGAGAUAGCUUCUUGACUGUGGUGGACGAGGACGAUGAUAAUCCUCGAGUGAAUCUCGUUCUAUCAAUUUCUGAGCAGCCGCUACCCGAGGACUCUAAACCAGUCUUACUGCCAGAGAAGGUCGAAGUUCCCCGGAAGCCCAAAGCAGUUGCGCCUGCCGUCGAGCCAGCGCCGCCAGUGGCCAAUGGCGUUGCUCAUGCGCCGAAUGCGGCGGACAAUGCUGAUCUCAAGAGGAAGCGCAACGCAAGUGACAUCGGCCUCGAGGACGAGCAAAUCAAGAAACGAGGCAAAGUCGCCGAAGAGACUAGUCACGCGGUGGAGGAGGACCUCGUCGUGGUUGAAGAUUCCGGCAACGGUGCCAUUGUCAUUGACGACUAAACGCUGCCGUUGCGUUUGCAUUUCCAGCAUCUGUUCACGGGUCGCACCCUUCACCUUAAUGCGUACCUCGAAACUUCUUUCCUCACUGGACAACAAAAUCUCUUUCCCGUCUGUUUCAUUUUCAACGAACGGAGUUCAAUUAUGGAUAUGGAGCGAUAUGGUGUUGAAAGAUUCAAAUAUCCUUUCCUUUCUACAUGGCGCUCAGUCCCCCGUCGAGAUUGAUGAUGCAGUUAUUAGCGUAUUCGUUCAGCGCCAAAAAUAUUGCUGCAUCGGCAAUUUCUUCUGGUUUUCCAAAGCGUUUUGCGGGAACUGCUUCGAGCGCUUGAGCACGAGCAUUCUCUGUCAUAUCUUUUUGUACAUUAGCCUCUUUGUUUGCAUGCGUGGGUCAUUGGCUUGAUGAGGUGAGUGGGUCGGCGGACUUUUUAAAGACAUUUUUAAGAAAAGGAAAGGGAAGUAUCAUGAAAAUACGGACAGCC